GACUUUUUGGCGGGAACGCGAGAAAUGAAGUUGUGUGAUUUGUUUUAUUUUGUCUAUUUAGUGUUUCUUCGGGUUUAAAUGUGUAAUAAUGGUGGUUUAUUAACCGUUUAAUAUCUGUGAAAGUGCACAAAUGUGGGAAAAUGAAACAAAGCCGCUGGACGUAGCUUCUUGGGAUUCUCCAAAAAGUCCACUGAAAAAUCUUAGUAAAUGACCACCAUUUUACUAAGAUUAGAUUUCAUCUCAUAGCAUCUCAUUUAAUUUCAUCCCAGUUGAUUAAUGUCUCAAAUUAAUCAUUUUCAUUUCAUUUCGCUCCAUAAUAUUAUAAUAAUUUUUCAUAAAAUUAAGAAUAUAGAUUGAAAUAAGACAUGACUUAAAGGUCUCAGUUACCAGGUCAUAAAAUCUCUUAAAAAAAAAAUUAUGUACGCGUAUGUAUGUAAAUAAUGGAACAUUAAAAUAUUUAAAAUAUGUGAGUAUUUCGUCGUUCUUCACAUUGCUAAAUUAAUAAUCAACGCUUAUGUACGUGAAAGAAAUUGACGUUUUUAUCUGGACUGUCAUGUCGUAAUAGGUUAAGGAUCAUAUUUAAAUAGCGCGCUUUAUCUCGUUUUAUCUAUUUAUUGAUAUUUAUAAUGUUUAGAACGAGCCGAGGGUUGUUCGCUGCUGUGAAUUACAGUAGUCUAUCGAGGAGUGUGAAAAUAGAACAUUUUAUUCGACAAUUGAGUGUUUGUCGUACAAUGGCAGAAAAGUUUCGAUUGCCGGAACGUUAUGGAGCUGGUGAGAAAAGCGUAUGGGUUGAGUACAUACAAUUAGCUGCAGAGUAUAAGCCUGCCGUGAACCUUGGUCAGGGCUUUCCUGACUAUCACGCACCGAAACAUGUAACAGAAGCACUAUCGCAGAUAGCUACCAGUGAAAAUCCACUGCUUCAUCAGUACACAAGAGGCUUUGGUCUGCCGCGCCUCGUGGAGAAUCUAUCAAAGGUUUACUCUCCGCUGAUUGGACGACAGAUAGAUGCCUUCAAUGAAAUCCUAGUCACGAGCGGUGCCUAUGAAGCACUUUACUCUACCAUUUUAGGUCACGUGGAUACCGGGGAUGAGGUGAUCAUUAUAGAACCAUAUUUCGACUGCUACGACUUCAUGGUGAAGUGCGCCGGAGGUGUACCUAGGUUCAUCGCUCUGAAACCGAAACCUCAAGGCGACGAUAUAUCAUCAGCGGAUUGGGUUUUAGACGAGGCGGAGCUAGCUUCGCUCUUCAACAACCGAACUAAAAUGAUCAUCGUGAACACGCCCCACAAUCCGCUGGGCAAGGUGUUCACCCAACGCGAGCUGGAACUCAUUGCCGAUCUGUGCAAGAAGCACAAUGUGCUUUGUCUCUCCGACGAAGUCUACGAGUGGAUGGUGUACGAGCCCAAACAGCAUAUCCGGAUAGCGUCAUUCCCGGGCAUGUGGGAGAGGACCAUCACCGUCGGGUCCGCGGGGAAGACGUUCUCCGUCACCGGGUGGAAGAUCGGGUGGGCGUACGGACCAGCCGACCUGAUGAGGAAUCUGCAAGUGGUACACCAGAACUGUGUGUACACGUGCUGCACGCCGGUCGAGGAAGCCGUGGCCCGCUCGUUCGAGUACGAGCUGGCCAGGCGCGACUCGCCGGACUGCUACUUCUAUUCUCUGGCUCGAGAGCUGCGCCCGAAGCGAGACUACCUCAUGAAGAUCUUGAAGGAGAACGGCUUCAAACCGACCCUACCCGAGGCCGGGUACUUUGUCGUGGCCGAUUGGACUGACUUGGAAAAGAAGAUCGACUUAUCGAGCGAACUGGACAAAUACAAAGAUUACAAGUUCACAAAGAAAUUCGCUAAAGAGGCGGGCGUACUCGCCAUACCGCCGAGCGCCUUCUACUCUGAAGCACACAAACACCUGGGGGAGACGUUCGCGAGAUUCUGCUUUAUAAAGAAAGACGAAAAUCUAGAACUAACCGAGAAUCUGCUAAAGGAAUGGAAUUCUAAGAAAAAGUAAUAAAGACGCUGCAUUUACAUUUAAAAAAAAAAUGUAUAUUUUUAUAAGGAUGUUGUGAUAAUCUGCAAUAUAUUUUUUUGUUAUUUUGUUGAAAACAAUAUAAACUAUUCCAUGUU